GACAGGAAAUCAUGGGAGGGCCUGGAGCAGAGGAGGAUCAGGGCCAGAUGUGCAUUUAUCUGAGGCUGCAGGCAGGAAAGAGUGGACACUAAGCCAGGAGGCUAGGGAGGAGGAAGCCUGAGCUGAGGCCACAGCCAUCAAAGGGUGCGGCCAGCACCAUGGACACCUCACGGGCUCUGCUGCUCUUCCUGCUCCUGGCCUCUGGAGUAGAUGUCGUCACUCUCAGAGCCCCUUCUGGAGUCCAGCAAACCAAUUUCAUCUCUGAUUCAGAAAGCUCUUCCCAGGGCCCAGAUUCGAAUGUUUCUUUCAUCAAGCCCCCCAGAUGGGAAUUUCUGGAUCGGUCUCCAGGUUCAACAGCCACUGCUGAUGUCCCCCAUUCCAAAUGGAUUCUCGAGGCCCUGCAUUUGGACAACAUAACUGGAUCCCUCCAGUCAAAUGUUUCUGCUGAGGACCGAAAGUCAGGCCUGGACACCACCAUCUCUGGGAUCUCUGGUUCCCGAGUACUUCCUGAUAUCUUGGGCUCUCAAGUUCCUACUAAAGACUCAGAGCCUUCCUUUACUGUUAAGAACCCAGCUUCAAACAUUUCUGUCCAAGUCCCUGAAGCUAAUGUAUCUGUGGAGGGCCCAGGUUUAAAGCUCUCCCCUGAGGAUCUGGAUUUUAAAUUCCCCACACAGAGCCCCGAAUUCAAAGUUCCUGCAGAGGUCCCCCUAGAGCCAAGCUUCCCCCAGCAGGUGGGGGGGCCUCUUGCUGUAUUAGUGGGAACCACCAUCCAACUCCCCUUGGUUCCAGUCCCCAGCCUUGCCCCCCCUGCCCCUCUGGUUGUCUGGCGCCGGGGUUCCAAGGUGCUGGCAGCGGGGGGCCUGGGGCAAGGGGCCCCUCUGAUCAGCCUGGACCCUGCUAACCGAGAUCGCCUACGAUUUGACCAGACACGAGGGGGCCUGGAACUCGCCUCUGCCCAGCUGGAGGAUGCUGGGGUCUACACUGCUGAGGUCAUUCGUGCCGGGGUUUCCCGGCAGAUUCGGGAGUUCACAGUGGGUGUAUAUGAGCCUCUACCCCAACUGUCCGUGCAGCCCCAGGCCCCGGAGACCGAGGAAGGGGCGACUGAGCUCCGGCUGCGAUGCAUGGGAUGGGGGCCCAGUCGCGGGGAGCUAAGCUGGAGCCGGGACGGACGCGUGCUGGAGGCAGCGGACCCGGAGGGAGCUGAGCUGCCCCGGAUCCGCGCAGAGGGCGACCAGCUACUCAUCGUGCGCCCUGUGCGUAGCGACCACGCGCGGUACACUUGCCAAGUUCGCAGCCCUUUCGGCCACACCGAAGCCGCAGCCGACGUCAGCGUCUUCUAUGGCCCGGAUCCCCCGGUCAUCACGGUCUCCUCGGACCGAGACGCCGCUCCCGCCCAUUAUGUCACUGCGGGCAGCAACGUGACUCUGCGCUGCACCGCCGCCUCGCGGCCGCCCGCCGAUUUCGCUUGGAGCUUGGCCGACCCCAACGAGGCCGCGGUGCCCGCCGGCCCGCGCCUCCUGCUGCCCGCGGUCGAGCCCGGCCACGCCGGCGCCUACGCUUGCCUCGCCUCGAACCCGCGCACAGGCCGCCGCCGCCGCUCUCUCCUCCACCUUACCGUGGCGGAUCUGCCCCCCGGGUCCCCACAGUGCUCGGUUGAAGGGGGUCCCGGGGACCGCAGCCUUCGCUUCCGCUGCUGGUGGCCCGGUGGGGUUCCUGCUGCUUCCCUACAGUUCCAGGGUCUCCCCGAGGGUGUCCGCGCGGGACCAAUGUCCUCUGCACUCCUGGCAGUUGUCCCCGCCCACCCUCGGCUUAGCGGCGUCCCAGUCACCUGCCUUGCUCGCCACUUGGUGGCCACCCGCACCUGCACUGUCACCCCGGAGGCCCCUCGAGAGGUGCUGCUGCAUCCGAUGGUGGAGAAGACACGGUCAGGGGAGGCAGAGGUGGUGCUGGAGGCCUCUGGCUGUCUGCCACCUUCACAAGCAUCCUGGGCCAGGGAAGGGCGACCCUUGGUCUCUGGAAGUGGGGGACGCCUGAGACUCAGCCAAGACGGGCAGAGGCUCCUCAUUGGCAACUUCAGCCUGGAUCAGGACCUAGGAAAUUACUCUGUGUUGUGCAGUGGGGUGCUGGGUGCUGCGGGCGACCAGAUCACCCUCAUUGGGCCCUCCAUUUCCUCAUGGAGGCUGCAGAGAGCCCAGGACACAGCGGUGCUGACUUGGGAUGUGGAGCGUGGGGCUGUGGUCAGUGGUUUUGAGAUUCAGGCGCGGUUAGAGGGGCCUGAUGUGAGCAGAGCCAUCCUCUACCAGGGCUGGGUCUCCUUGCUCAUCCUGGGGCCUCAGGAACGGUCAGCCGUGGUGCCCCUGCCUCCUCAGAACCCUGGGACCUGGGCCUUGCGUAUCAUGCCCAUCCUGGGGGGGCGACCAGGAAUGCCAUCACAAAGCCGGAUCUACAGAGUUGGCAGCACCCUGGGCCCUGGGGCCAUUGCUGGCAUCAUCUUGGGCUCUCUACUGGGCCUCGCACUCCUGGCAGCACUUAUAGUCCUGUGCAUCUGCGGCCUGCGUCGUUUUCGGGGAGAGACUCCCAUGAAAAAGAAGCCUCCACCUCACUUUAUCCCUGUGGUCCCCCCACCAGAGAAGAAGAUGCAGAGUGUGGCUUCAGUGAAGACUCCACAGCCUCUGCCCCUCAAAGUCCCACUGGAGGAGUCCAGUCCAACCAGGGCCCACCAAGUCACUGGCCCCAAUCCAGUCAUCUCUCCAGUUGGGGGCUGGAAGACUGUUCGAGCAGCCACACAGGUGUGACUUGGGCUGAUGGCCUGUUUUGCACAGGACUUUUUGCACAGGACUUCUUGUUCUUACUCAGCAGCAGGCAGGGCCUUCCUGUCCUACUGUGACUGAAGGUCAGACUCGGAAAGUGGGACUUUCUGUUGCCCUCUCUUGCCUCCGAAGACUCUACCUGUAUUUGUGCAACUAAGGAGGUGGGACUCUUAGGCUGAAGGAGACUCCUGCUGAUCUAACAGUGUGGUUUGCAGCUCUGGCUGCUGUGGCUCAGUAGAUUGAGCACUGGCUUGUGAACCAAAGGGUCGCUGGUUCGAUUCCCAGGCAGGGCACAUGCCUGGGUUUCGGGCCAGGUCUCCAGUAGGGAGCAUGCUAGAAGCAACCACACAUUGACGUUUCUCUGCCUCUCUUUCUCCCUCCCUUCCCCUCUGUCUAAAAAUAUAAACAAAUAAACAAACAAACAACAACCAGUGUGGUUUGCAAACCACCAACCAGACAAGAUGCACAGACUGUGCAACAAACAAGCAGGCUUGUUGAGCUGCUGCUCUGAGUUGGACCCAGGACCUGCCUUGUUUCUGGAAAAGUUUUCCUAUGUCCAAAUUGCCUCCUCCAGGUCAUACCUACCCAGCUUCCAGAGUCUUCAUUUUAAAAUAGAUCAGAGCACACACCCCUCUUCUCUGAAACCCUUCUAUGGCUGCCCAUUGCCCUCCAGAUACCCAGACUCUUCAUCACAGCCUUGUGGGUUGGUCUCCAUUGGCCUGUCUGACCUCCCCUUCCAACAUUUGUCCCCACCACUCCAGGAGCACAGGCUUUCCCACUGCCACUUUAUUUUGCCUUCAGGUCUUUGCCCCUAGAGUUUGCUCUGUCUGGAGCAUGGCUGUCUCCUGUGCUGUUCAUUUCUCAAGUGGAAAGGUGACCAUUACCAUCUCAGAUGAUGUUUCUUUAGCCCUGGCUGGUGUAGCACAGUGGAUUGAGCACCAGCCUGCAAACAGGAAGGUCACUGGUUCGAUUCUCUGUCAUGGCACAUGCCUGGGUUGUGGGCCAGGUCCCCAGUUGGGGACGUGGGUGUGCAAGAGGCAACUGAUCAAUGAUGUUUCUCUCCCUCACUUUCUCCCUCCCUUCUCCUCUCUCUAAAAAUAAAUAAAAAGAAGAUGCUUCUUUAAACCCUGCCUUAGUCAUGGGUUAGAUCCUAGAGACCCUGAGCCCUCUGCUUCUCAUCUGUAAGUAA